AUGCCCCCUCCGCGCAGCAAGAAACGACCGGUGCAGCGUCUGCGUCAGAAGCUACGCGACCUGCACCCGCGCCACGAGCUCGUGCGCUUUGUGCACAAGCUCAAGGGCCUGCUGCACGCCGUCUUCGUCCACGCCCACGCCACCCACGACUCGAGCACUGACCAGAAGUCUGCCUCCGCCACACCUGCCGACGCCGAACCCGACGCCCGCCUCGCCCUCCACCACCACCGCGACUCGCCGCUCCCGCCGCCCCGCCAGACCCCGCCCGGCUACCAGAGCAUCCGUUGCGUCACCCCCUCCGAGCACGAGGAGGGCCUGCACGACGAUCCGCCCCCCGGCGUGCCCUACCAGCAGUACUUCCCCUUCCGCUCCUACGAAGACCUGCGCGCCGCCGAGGAGCACCGCUACCACCUCCGCGAGCAGCAGGCCAUUGAGGAACUCCGAGAAGCCCGCCGUCGCGCCUCGUCCGGCCUGUCCUAUCAGCGUCUCUCGGUCACGUCCAACCGCACUUCGCGCGCCACCUCCUACCGCGGCCCCGAGUUCUCCCUCGAAACCUUCAAAAACCAGGACUUCAUUGUCAAGGACUUCAUCGAGACUCUCUCUGACGCCGCCGUCCCCGCCAGCCGUCGUUCAGGAAACCCUGCCCGCCAGGUGGCCUUUGACCCGAAGCCCUUGAUCCGUACAUUCGAACAUGCCUUGGCUCGCUUGGGCACCCUAUCCGAGGACCUCGAGCUCCAGGAGAACGAACUCUCCGGCUCGGUGCGCCGCGCCGAGGCACAGCACGGCCAGAAGACGGAAUCGCUGGGCAGGAAGCUCGAGGAUGCCAUAGAGCAGUUCAAUAGGCUGGAUAACUCGCUCAACGGAGGUGUCAGCGAUGACGUAGACAGCGAGAGUGGCGGCAAUGUCGCUGUGCGGAUCGGAGAACGGCUGGAGGAACUGGACCGCCAGCGACAACGUGCGCAGGACGCUAAGUUCCUCAUCCAGUGCUGGAUGGAGGUCAGCGAGCGAGGAGAUCUGUCAUCGUUAGAAGACGUCAGACGGCUUGGAGGUGGAGAUGGAAAGGUCCGGUGUGCGCACAUUGCCAGGCAAUUGCUCCGACUCAGCCACAGGUUAGACCCAGAAUAUGGCCAAGUGAACGUUCCCAGGACAAACGGAGUCGACGGUGCCAACGGGCAAAACGGUGCACCGGCUAAGAAACACAACACGAGGGAGAUAAUUGAGAAGUUCCUGGAGAUGCUGGAAAAGGAUCUGUUGAAGCAGUUUGAUGACUUCUACCGGAGGCAGAACUUUGACGGCAUGAGGGAAUGCGCUGCUGCGUUACGCGAUUUCAACGACGGUGCAAGUGUCAUGGGACUGUUCGUCAACCAACAUCAGUUCUUCAUCGACAGGAGCCAAUUGGUCACCGAGGAGCUGGCAGGCGACGGUGAAACUUGGGACCGUCUUGCCGACCCGGAUGCGGAACCGCCAGGCGUUGAGCCAAGUCUCCAGUCCCUAGUCGACGAGGUCAGGCUCGUCGUCCAAGAAGAAUCGUUCAUAAUCAAGAAGGCAUUCCCCUACGCCGACGAGGUCUUGAUCAGAUUCUUGCAGCGCGUGUUCCAGCAAUCCAUUCAAGCCCGGUUGGAAAUGGUUCUUGACAAAGCAAACUCCAUUUCCUCACUAGCAUUCCUCCGCUCUUUGCAAGCUGCAAGAAGUUACAUCGGCUCUCUUGUCGACGACCUCAAAUCACACGGCUUGACUGAACAUCCGGAACCAGUGACUUCACAAGUUGCAGCAAUGCUGGACCAGCAGCUUGAGGACCUCUUCAUCCCGUACCUCCUUGGGUCUUCUUAUAUCGAAAGAGAAAAGAAGAACCUAGAAGAACUAUACUCGUCGCUACUUUUCAAGUUCACUGUUUACCAGUCGAAGAGACGUAAGAUCGCAACAUCUUACCUGGGCUCAUUGAGUCAAAGAGGUCGUGAACUCUUCGCGUCAGCAAAAGACGCCUACAUGGAGAGGUUAGGAUCUUCCGAUAUCUCAACCUCACAGAGAAGUAUGAUGCUUCAGCUUGCUGGCAUCAAGGAAGCAGACAGCGACAAGGAGAUCGAGGUCUCCGAGGAGGACGGUCAGCUCAGUCUGCCCAAUGCCAAACGCAUGCUCAAGUGGUUGGCCGAAGGGGUUGGCCGAAGCCUCGAAUUAAGUGGUGGCAACGAAACACCGAAGGAUGUUCAAGCGAUGCUUGGGCUGCUCCUUUCUCACGUCGGUGAGAUCUAUCUGGAGACAGCAUUGGACGCUGCUGCCGAAUUGGCUGCCUCUCAGGAGAACGUCAAGAACAACCCCCCGGACAUUUCAUACCUCUAUUCUCUUCGUACUGCGAUCGGAAUUCUACAUCUCCUGCAGAUGUCUAUCAAUACUGUCCUUCUUCCUCUCGCUGCCCCAUCUCUGAUAACCCGCCGCGAGAUUGAGAAGACCACCAAUACCACCAUCACAAAUCUCGAAAACAAGAUCAGCAAUAUCCUCCAAAAGACCAUCGAUGUAUGUCUUUCCUGGGCGGCCAAGCUACUUCAAGGCCAGAAAAAGCAGGAUUUCCGACCUCGUGACGAGGACCUGGUGUCGCUGGGCGCCGAGACGCCGACGUGUCUGGCAGUGACGCGCUUUCUUGACAAGGUUGCCAACCAAGCCACUGCCACAUUAUCACAGCCCGCUCUCGGUCUCUUCCUGAGCGAACUUGCCCUUGGGUUGCGCAGCCAGUUGCUUGACCACUUCCGCCGUUUCACCGUCUCACUUACCGGUGGCCUGGUCGUAUCUAAGGAUGCGACCAAGUACGCAGAGCUGGUGCGUGGAUGGCCAACGUCGGGUAGCUCUUCAUCGGAUGCAUCCGGCGGUAAGCGCGGGUCCACAGACAACAACAAGCAGACCGCGAGCUCAAACAGCGGCGGCUUCGAAAAGAACGGCAUGGAUAUUCUGGUCGAUGUUGCCAACUUGUUCGUCAUCGGGCCCGAGGCUCUGCGCGAGAGGCUACGCGGUGUCAACGGUGGUGAGAGGGAAGCUCUCAAGAGCUUCGUCCGCAACAGGGAGGAUGCGAGCAGUAUCGGCGUGCAGACGGUGUUGGCUGGUCUGUAG